GUCAAACAAAAUCUAAAAAAGAAGGAGUUGAAAAUCAUAAUGGACGUCCAAAUAAUCAAUGUUGUUAUUCGUGAACCAUGUGCUUUGUGUACCACCACAAACAAAACAUGCUCUCAAAAUUGCGAAUUUGCACCUUAUUUCCCUGCUGAAAAAAAACUAGAGUAUAAAAAUGCACAUGAAUUAUUUGGUACCCCAAGUAUUAUGAAGAUGAUGCGAUUCGCACCCACAACAGAAGAAAAAUGCAUAUUGGCAUCAUCUAUACUCACGGAAGGUAAGGCUUGGAAAGAUUAUCCAGCGAAAGGUGGAUUUGAAACGAUCCGAAAACUAAAGUGGGAAAUUUUACAACGUAAACUCUAUCUCAAUAAACUAAAGGAGAAGAUGAAAGUUGUAGAAGAAGAAACCAAGAUUAUGUGA